UGUGUGUUGGGAGCAGGUUGUUUUUUUACCCUGUCUCGGAACUGGAUAAGGGGACUGGGCUACAUCGGGGAAGAAGUGGGAAGAAAUGGGGUACAGCGAGGAGGAGGAAAUAAACAAACAAACAGGGAAGAAGUAGAUUUCGUUCGCUUGGACUGGAUAUUAAGGACAUCUUUCUGACAUAGCUGGCUAUUCUAGUCCCAGAAGAAAAGAGAAGAGACUUUCUGAAGAUCUGGAUGGGACGAUAGAAGUUUGGGGCACAUUAAAAAGAAGCAACGAAAACCUCAACCAAACCUCAGAUAAUUCAAACAAGCUUCUUGGCUUUGUGGAAUCUUUUUCAGUUGCUCAGAACUUUAAUUUUUACUUCAGAGGAUGAUGGGACAAGGCAAUAGUGGGCAAGGAGGGUUAUGUUGGAUUCCUACUUAUCUGCCUGCGUCUCCUUCCAGUUGGAAAAAUCUUCAGUCCACAAAAAGCAUUAUUAACAAGACUGAAGAACACAUCUUACCUGAUCCUGGAUGCUGUUGGCAUUGAGGAUUACAUCCAGUGCACCAGGACUUCAUGGAGGCAGUUCAAGAAAAAUAGAGGGAAGCAAUACUUAAGGAUUUCUCUGUUUGCAUUAGUCCUGUGCCAUGUUACAUUUUGGGGAUUGUCUGGAACAAGUGAGGGAUGGCUCUGUCAUCUGGAUCUAAGAGGAUAUCUUGAGUCCCUUGAGCUACGUGUAUGAUGUUUGGAAGGCAUUAAACUCAAAGUCUUUCAACAUAAAUUCACGAAAUUUUGCAUUCUCUUGAGAAUUCAGCAGACAGAAAUUCCCUGCCAAAAACAUACAAAACUUUCUCUGUGUUUUUGGGUUAAAUGUGAACAAUAAUGUCUUGGAAGAGAAAUUAUUUUUCAGGGGGCCGUGGUAGUGUCCAAGGAAUGUUUGCGCCUCGAAGCUCAACCUCCAUAGCCCCCAGCAAAGGCCUCAGCAAUGAGCCAGGACAAAACAGCUGCUUCCUCAACAGUGCCCUGCAGGUUUUGUGGCACUUGGACAUCUUCCGACGUAGCUUUAGGCAGCUUACAACACAUAAGUGCAUGGGAGAUUCCUGCAUCUUUUGUGCUCUCAAAGGUAUCUUUAACCAGUUUCAGUGUAGUAGUGAAAAAGUGCUUCCAUCUGACACUCUCCGCAGUGCUCUGGCAAAGACUUUCCAGGAUGAACAGCGUUUCCAGCUGGGAAUUAUGGAUGAUGCUGCGGAGUGCUUUGAAAACCUCCUGAUGAGAAUUCACUUCCACAUUGCUGAUGAAACCAAAGAGGAUAUAUGUACUGCCCAACACUGCAUUUCCCACCAGAAAUUUGCAAUGACAUUGUUUGAGCAGUGUGUUUGUACUAGCUGUGGCGCCACAUCUGAUCCACUGCCUUUCAUCCAGAUGGUACAUUAUAUCUCUACCACUUCCCUUUGCAAUCAGGCUAUUUGUAUGCUGGAAAGAAGAGAAAAACCUUCACCAAGUAUGUUUGGUGAGCUGCUACAGAAUGCCAGUACCAUGGGGGAUCUGCGGAACUGCCCGAGCAACUGUGGAGAGAGGAUCCGAAUUCGCCGAGUAUUGAUGAAUGCUCCACAGAUUAUCACAAUCGGGCUGGUAUGGGACUCGGAUCACUCAGACUUGGCAGAGGAUGUUAUCCACAGCCUGGGUACCUGCCUUAAGCUGGGUGAUCUGUUUUUCAGAGUGACAGACGACCGGGCCAAGCAAUCUGAACUCUACUUAGUUGGAAUGAUCUGUUACUAUGGCAAACAUUACUCUACAUUCUUUUUUCAAACAAAGAUCCGCAAAUGGAUGUAUUUUGAUGAUGCUCAUGUCAAGGAGAUUGGACCCAAAUGGAAGGAUGUGGUGACCAAAUGCAUCAAGGGGCAUUAUCAGCCCUUGCUGCUGCUUUAUGCAGACCCCCAGGGUACCCCAGUGUCCACCCAGGAUCUGCUUCCCCAAGCUGAGUUCCAGUCAUACAGCAGGACAUGCUAUGAUAGUGAAGAUUCAGGGAGGGAGCCCUCCAUCUCAAGUGACACUCGAACAGAUUCUUCAACGGAGAGCUAUCCCUACAAACACUUUCACCAUGAAUCUGUGGUCAGUCACUUCUCUUCUGAUUCUCAGGGGACAGUCAUCUAUAAUGUGGAGAAUGAUUCCAUGUCUCAGAGCAGUCGGGACACAGGACACCUGACUGAUAGUGAAUGUAAUCAGAAACACACAUCCAAGAAAGGGUCACUGAUAGAGCGCAAAAGGAGCUCUGGCCGGGUUAGGAGGAAAGGCGAUGAGCCACAGGCCUCAGGGUACCACAGUGAAGGAGAAACACUGAAAGAGAAGCAGGCUCCUAGGAAUUCCUCCAAAUCAUCCAGCAGCACCAAUAGGCUAAGGGAUUUUAAAGAGACGGUCAGCAAUAUGAUCCAUAACAGACCAUCCCUGGCUUCUCAGACCAAUGUAGGGUCUCCCUUUGCAGGGAGGGGAGGAGACCAGCCUGACAAGAAACCUACUAGGAACCUGCCUUUGCACUCUCGUGACUGGGAAAUAGAGAGUACCAGCAGUGAAUCAAAAUCCAGUUCUUCCAGCAAGUAUCGUCCAACAUGGAGACCCAAACGGGAAUCUCUGAAUAUUGACAGUAUCUUUAGUAAGGACAAAAGGAAGCAUUGUGGCUAUACCCAGCUUAGCCCCUUUUCUGAGGAUUCAGCUAAAGAAUUUAUACCAGAUGAACUAAGCAAGCCACCUGCUUAUGACAUUAAAUGUAGUGGACCAAGCCCCCAGUACAAGCCUUGGGUCCCAGCACGGCCAGGCUCUCACCUUUUAGAGCAGCACCCUCGCUUAAUCCAGCGAAUGGAAUCUGGCUAUGAGAGCAGUGAGAGGAACAGCAGCAGCCCUGUCAGCCUGGAUGCAGCCUUGCCUGAGAGCUCGAAUGUCUGCAGGGAUCCAAGUGCUAAGAGAUCAGCUGGGUUUGUCCCUUCCUGGCGUCAUAUCCCAAAGUCUCACAGCAGUAGCAUCCUGGAGGUGGACUCCACAGCAUCCAUGAGUGGCUGGUCAAAGAAUCAGCCCCUAUCAGGUGGAGAAUUAUCUUCUAAAAGUGAACUGGAUGAAUUACAGGAAGAGGUGGCCAGGAGGGCCCAAGAACAAGAACUUCGAAGGAAACGGGAAAAGGAAUUAGAGGCAGCUAAAGGGUUUAACCCUCAUCCCAGCCGCUUCAUGGACUUGGAUGAACUGCAGAAUCAGGGGAGGAGUGACGGCUUUGAGAGAUCCCUACAAGAGGCAGAUUCAGUGUUUGAAGAGUCAUUGCAUCUGGAACAGAAGGGAGACUGUGCUGCAGCUUUGGCUCUCUGUAACGAAGCUAUCUCUAAACUAAGACUUGCCCUGCAUGGUGCCAGCUCUAGCACACACAGCAGAGCCCUAGUCGAUAAGAAGUUGCAAAUCAGUAUUCGAAAAGCACGGAGCCUGCAGGAUCGCAUGCAGCAACAGCAAUCAUCACAGCAGCCGGUGCAACCCUCAGCCUGCCUCCCAUCACAGGGGGGGAGCCUCCCUCAGCCGACAAGUGAACAGCCUAUCCCGCUCCAAGUAUUGUUAAGCCAGGAGGCCCAGCUGGAACCCUGCACGGAUAGAGAGUUUGGAGCCAGUUCUUUCUUCCACUCACCUGCUUCUUGCCAUGAGUCACACUCACCCCUAUUCCUAGAGUCAUCUGCCCCACAGCAAAAUUCCCCCAGUAGAUCUGCCUCAAAGCUUCUGACUUCGGUUGAGGUGGACAGCACUGACCUCUCUGCAUUCCACAGGCAGGGUUUAUCUAAAACACCAGGCAGGACUGAGAAGAAUUCUCACCAUGGUUGGGAGCCAUUAGAUGCCCCAGAGGGUAAACUGCAAGGCUAUAGGGGUGACAAUAGCAGCUGCUGCAAAUUCCCUCCACAAGAAGGAAGAGGCAUUGCUCAAGAACAAUUGUUCCAAGAAAAGAGGGAUCCUGCUGACCCAUCUCUGGUGAUGCCUUGGUCACACCCAACUGGAAUAGCCACCUCUGAGAGAGGAGAUGAACACAUCCUAGGCUGUAGUCCUUCAAAUUCAUCAGCUCAGCCCAGCCUUCCCCUGUAUAGAGCCUGCCAUCCCAUAAUGCCUGCUGCUGCUUCAUCUGAGCUUCACUCUCCCGAUCCUGUGCAGAAAACUAACCAAUGCCUCCAAGCCCAAAGCCUCAAAACUUCAUUGACUUCAAAAGUGGAUGGAGGCAGCGAGGAACCCUAUAGGCCAGAGUUCCCCAGCACAAAGGGGCUUGUUCGCUCUCUGGCAGAGCAGUUCCAGAGGAUGCAAGGUGCCUCCACAAGGGAUGGUACAGGUUCUAAGGACAGAAGUUUGCCAGAUAGUUUAAGGAAGAACUCUUCCCUUUCUGACUCUAAGCCUCCUUUCUCACAGGGUCAAGGGAAAGGCCACUGGCCUUGGGCAAAACAGCAACCCUCUCUGGAUGGUAGAGACAGACUACCUUCCUGGGAAGAGCCUGCUGAACAUCCUUCUUUUGCCAUAAACUCUGGGCUACCUAAUGGUGAAACUUCUAGAGGAGGACAGUCCAGAUUGGCAGAGCCAAGUAUAUACCAAGGGAAGCUGUCCCAAGUGAGAGAUGCUAGGCCUAAGGAGCUGGGUAGCAGUAUGGACUUGGGGACUUUCUUGCCUUUGGAUUCCUGGGUGAAUGUCACAAGGCUCUGUGAUUCUCAGCUUAAACAUGGGGCCCCUGGGCCAGGAAUGAAGUCCUCCCCCCAUGAUUCCCAUACUUGUGCAAUAUAUCCAGAAAGAAGUCACAUCCUUUUGCAUCCACAUUGGAACCAAGACACAGAGCAAGAGACCUCAGAAUUGGAGUCUCUUUACCAGGCCAGUCUUCAGGCUUCUCAAGCUUGCUCUUCUGGAUGGGGGCAGCAGGAUGUGGCUUGGCACCCAGUUAGCCAAACAGGCUCUGCAGAUGGCAUGGGGAGGAGGUUGCAUUCAGCCCCUGGUCCUGGUCUCUCAAAGACCCCAACAGCAGAAAUGGAGCACAGUCUCCAUGAAGCUAGCACAGUGCCUGUUUCUCAGGCUGCACCUUGCCGAGGCCUCAGCAGGGAGUGUGGGGAGGAUGAACAGUACAGUGCAGAGAACUUUCGCCGCAUCUCACGCAGUCUCAGUGGCACCGUUGUCACAGAGAGGGAGGAGGCUCCAGUUUCUUCCCACAGUUUUGAUUCAUCAAACGUGAGGAAAAAGCAUUUGGAAACCGGGCACCGUUGUUCCAGCUCCUCUUCCCUCCCUGUCAUCCAUGACCCUCCUGUGUUUCUCCUUGGUCCCCAACUCUACCCUCCCCAACCACAGUUCCUGUCCCCAGAUGUCCUGAUGCCCAGCAUGGCAGGGGAGCCCCAUAGACCCCCAGGAACUUCGAGGAGCGUCCAGCAGUUUCUGGCUAUGUGUGACAGGGGUGAAACUUCCCAAGGGGUCAAGUACACAGGAAGGACUUUGAACUACCAGAGUCUCCCCCAUUGUUCCAGAACAGAUGCCUCCUGGGGACCCUGGUCAGAGACCAACCAGCACAUUGGGGCCAGAUUCCUGACUACUCCAGGGUGCAAUUCUCAGCUAAGCCACACUGCCACACUACCAGAAAGAAGCCAGGGCCUUCAGGUUCCUCACGCUCAGUCCUGGGGAGAUCUUUUCCACUUACCCUCCCACCUUCGCAUUGUUCACCCUGUGUCCUCACCAUCCAGCAGUCUUCAUGUGCCCCUGAAGUCAACUUGGAAUUCAGGUCCUAGUCCAGGGCCCCGAACCUCUGGUCCUCGAAGAGUAGAUAUGCCCCCGGAUGAUGACUGGAGGCAAAACAUUUAUGCCUCCCAAUCUGGACACAGGAGGACACGGGGAGAGGGGUUUCUGUAUGUUCUAGCAGAUGCCCCUGGGAAAGAACAGAUCAGGGCUCGAGCCCUGCAGCACAGCCAGUGGUAAGGGUCACUCCUUUCCUUUCCUGGAGCCACACCUUUCUCUGAAAAACUGUGCUGUAGCAGAGUUGGUACCCUGCAUCCCUGCCAUGGUUGUGCUAUUCUCAUCUCAACAUAGAAUUGGCAGUUUCUCCUAGGGGUGCCAGGAACCUCUAAAGAGACCUGGCUCUUUGGGAGGGAAUAUUUGAAAUUCUAACUUCCAUUCCCUUAGCAAAAAGAAACAUCUGCUGUUUAAGGACUUUAUUUGAGCCACUUUAAAGAUGUAUUCAUGAUAUUACUCUGGACACUAGUCAUUCCUUAGGAUCUUAAGAUCACUAUUUCACUAUUUUAUUCCUGGAUGCUUUAUGCCCUCACCUCCACCUCAGCCCUCAUCCUCUGUUCCCUGCUAUAUGCCUAACUUCUACUCUUAUUUUAUCCACCUAUCCCUAUUACCUGACCCUCUAUCUUCCCCAUCUCCCAUCCCAGGAGGGAAUGUAGCCCUGUGGUCAUGGUUCUGACCACAUCAUUCAGGGCAGCCCACCUACCUGCCCAGGUAUUAUGGCCUGUCAGCUCUGUGCCCCCAAACCUUAGGCCUAGAAUGUGGAGCUGCCAAUAUAACAUUUGCCCUUCUGAACAGAUGGAGUCAGGCAUACUAACAUACCCUCUAUCUUUAGCAGCAGAGCCAUUACUGCCACUUGCUCAUUCGCCGUUGUAAACCCUCAGAUUCAGCUGAACUAUUUUAGGGCCAAACAUACUGUUUUUGUAAAGUAUUUUUCAUUAAUAAAUCUAUAAGAUAGUUCUAUUUAA